AUGGCCCCUGUUGAAAAGAAGUGGGAUGAUUCUGCCGAGCGUGACCUCUGCGUCGCCAUCAUUCAGGCAAACCAAGAUGGCGCCAAAAAGAGCUACAACUGGCCUCGCGUCGAGGAGAUCAUGACCAACCUUGGUCACACCUUUACCAAGGACGCAAUGUCCCAGCACUUCAGCAAGACCAUCCUGAAGGAGUUCCGCGCUCGCCACCCCGAAGGCGACACCACCGCAACUCCUCCCGCCAGCGCCACCAAGCCCAAGACCCCUCGCAAGUCUGCCACCCCUUCCAAGAAGCGAACCAAGAAGGCCGCCAAGGGCCAGGACACCGAAGAUCAAGAGGACGACGAUCUCGAGGCCACUCCAAGCAAGAAGGCCAAGAAGGAGGACAAAAGCGCCACUUUGAAGAAAGAAGAGGCUGACUCUCAGAGCGGCGACGACGAGAGCGAAGAGAAGUUCAAGGCCGAGGGCUCUGACACCAAGCCUUGAUAGUUCUUGGCUUUGCUUAUUCUACUCGGUUUAUCUCUCGCAAUGGGGUCGAGAAUAUGGGUGCUAUUUAGUUUGAGAUUUUUUCGCAAUAGGGUGGUUAUUUAACGGACAUCAUAUGCCGGCUGAAGAUCUGGAUGAGACUGUAGGG